UUAAAGCUUUAAAGCAAACAAAAAAAAACAACAAAUGAGUUAACAACAACAGCUCUCCACCCAGUCCAUCAUAUCCAUCUACAGUCCUCCUAAACCCACUAAAACUAGUAAACUACUCAAUUCUCUCUCCUUUUCACAAUUAGGGUUCCUAAAAAGCUCUUUCUUUUUCUGUCGAAGAAUCUCCUCGUAAGAUCUCCCAUUUACUUCCUAUCUAAUCAUGUUUGGUUGGAGGAUUAGCAUUUAACAUGUUGUUCAUCUCUUUCUUUGCUUCAAGUUAAACAAGUCAAGAUGUUUCAGAGGUUAGGGACGAUUGGAGGACGUAAAACCGAUUCAGAUUACUGUGUGUUUUGCUGGUUUUGAUUGGUAGGUUUGGAAGCAAUCAAGCAUCUCUGAAGAAUCGGAAGCGUAGAACGUGUUUAAAUCGAUAUCGACAAAAGGGUAUUAAAUUAUUAUCGUUAAAGUCGCUGAAGAAUCAGGAAUCAGGAAGGAAUAAGGAAUAAGGAAUAAGGAACAUUCUUUUUGUUUAUCACACGGGAAUGUGUAGGUUUUGAUUUGAUCAGUUGUUUUUAGUUUUUUUUUGGGGGAUUUUGCGAACGAAAAGUAGAAAAUGAUGAUGGCGAUGUCAUGCAAGGAUGGUAAGGGGGGAAUACUUGAUAAUGGAAAGUAUGUUCGUUACACACCUGAACAAGUUGAAGCCCUUGAGAGGCUCUAUCACGAGUGUCCAAAACCUAGUUCCAUUCGUCGUCAACAGCUCAUUCGCGAAUGCCCUAUUCUCUCUAACAUUGAGCCUAAACAGAUCAAAGUUUGGUUUCAGAAUCGAAGAUGCAGAGAGAAACAGAGGAGAGAAGCUUCGCGUCUUCAAGGCGUGAAUCGCAAACUAUCAGCGAUGAACAAGCUCCUCAUGGAAGAAAAUGAUCGAUUACAGAAGCAAGUGUCGCAUCUGGUGUAUGAAAAUGGCUUUUUUCGCCAACAUACUCCUCAGAAUACGACUCUUCCUUCAAAAGAUACGAGUUGCGAGUCGGUGGUGACGAGUCAUUUGACUCAGAAUCCACCACAGGAUGCUAGUCCUGCUGGACUUUUGUCCAUCGCUGAAGAAACUUUAACAGAGUUUCUAUCGAAGGCUACUGGAACUGCUGUAGAGUGGGUCCAAAUGCCUGGAAUGAAGCCUGGUCCGGAUUCCAUUGGAAUCGUCGCUAUAUCUCAUGGUUGCACUGGUGUGGCAGCACGAGCCUGUGGCCUCGUUAGUCUCGAGCCUUCAAGGGUCGCUGAAAUCCUCAAGGAUCGCCCCUCAUGGUAUCGAGAUUGCAGAGCUGUGGAUGUCGUCAACGUGUUACCCACCUCUAAUGGUGGAACCAUCGAGCUUUUAUACAUGCAGCUUUACGCUCCUACAACUCUGGCAACUGCUCGUGAUUUCUGGUUACUCCGUUACACUUCUGCUACAGAAGACGGAAGUCUCGUGAUCUGUGAACGAUCACUCACCAACACUCAAAAUGGCCCGAGCAUGCCACCUGUCCAGAACUUCGUAAGAGCUGAAAUGCUGCCUAGUGGUUACCUCAUUCGACCUUGUGAAGGUGGUGGCUCCAUUAUUCACAUUGUCGAUCAUAUGAACUUAGAGGCAUGGAGAGUACCUGAAGUUUUGCGUCCAUUAUAUGAAUCUCCAACUGUUCUUGCUCAAAAAACCACAAUGAUGGCUUUACGCCAGCUGAGACAGAUAGCUCUAGAAGCUUCGAGUUCUGGUAGUCCAAAUUGGGGGAGAAGACCUGCGGCAUUAAGAGGAUUAAGCCAGAGGUUAAGCAGGGGUUUUAAUGAAGCUCUGAAUGGGUUUCCUGAUGAGGGUUGGUCGUUAAUGGGUAAUGAUGGAAAUGAAGAUGUUACUAUUCUUGUCAACACUUCUCCUGAAAAGCUUAUGGGGUUGAAUCUUUCAUUUGGAAAUGGAUUUACACCUGUUAGUAAUGCUGUUAUGUGUGCAAAAGCUUCAAUGCUUUUACAAAAUGUUCCACCUGCUCUUCUUUUAAGGUUCUUAAGGGAACAUCGGUCUGAAUGGGCAGACAACAAUAUAGAUGCUUAUUCAGCUGCAGCUAUUAAACUUGGACCAUGUAGUGUACCCGGGGGGCGAAUUGGUAAUUAUGGUGGUCAAGUUAUUCUUCCACUUGCUCAUACAAUCGAACAUGAAGAGUUAUUGGAGGUUAUUAAGCUGGAAGGUGUUGACCAUUCUCCUGAAGAUGCAUUAAUGCCAAGAGACAUGUUUCUCCUACAACUAUGCAAUGGAAUGGAUGAAAAUGCUGUUGGCAUGUGUGCUGAACUCAUAUUUGCUCCCAUUGAUUCUUCUUUUGCUGAUGAUGCUCCUCUUUUACCCUCUGGUUUUCGCAUCAUUCCUCUCGAUUCUACCAAGGAGACUUCAGGUACUCCAAAUCGCACUCUGGAUCUUGCAUCUGCACUUGAAAUAGGAGGAUCUGGUAACAAAUUAUCCAAUGAUCAAAACACAAACAAUGGCACUUCAAGAUCUGUGAUGACAAUUGCAUUUGAAUUUGCAUUUGAGAGCCACAUGCAAGAAAGCGUCGCAACAAUGUCGCGACAAUAUGUUCGUAGCAUUAUAUCUUCUGUUCAAAGGGUAGCUUUGGCAUUAUCCCCUUCUUCUCAUUUAAACCCUAAUGGAACUCUGCAAUCACCCAUGGGAACACCUGAAGCUCAUACUUUAGCUCGUUGGAUCUCCCAUAGUUACAGGUGCUACUUGGGUGUGGAGCUUCUUAAAACUGGAAGCCAUGGAAAUGAAACUGUUCUUAAGUCUCUCUGGCACCAAUCAGAUGCAAUCAUGUGCUGCUCUCUUAAGGCGAUGCCAGUUUUCACUUUUGCAAAUCAGGCUGGGCUUGAUAUGCUUGAGACUACACUUGUCGCGCUUCAAGAGAUCAGUUUGGAGAAGAUUCUAGAUGAACAUGGAAGGAAAAGUCUUUGCUCUGAGUUUCCUCAAAUAAUGCAACAGGGUUUUGCGUGUCUUCAAGGAGGGAUAUGUUUAUCGAGCAUGGGGAGACCGGUUUCUUAUGAGAGAGCAGUGGCAUGGAAGGUGCUGAAUGAAGAAGAAAAUGCUCAUUGCAUCUGUUUUAUGUUUAUCAACUGGUCGUUUGUUUAAGUAUUGUUUGGAUACAAACAUAACUAUGUUGUGUCUUUUGUGUUUUGGCUUGUGAAGUGUGGGACUUUUGGUUUGUAAGACCUUGUGAGGUUGUGUGGUUAUGAAACUAGCUACUACUGUUUUUAUGGA